AUGGCUACCCCCAGUGUCCUUAUCUUUGAUGCUGAGGGUCGUGCUGUUGACUUUGAGGUCUGGGUCGAUGACCUCCAGCUGUUCCUACAGCACAAUAGGGCACACGGACUCUCUCUGUUUGAUCUCACCUCUGGUGUCUCUCCUGCCCCGCCUGCUACUGCUGACAGCACUGUUCGCUCACAAUGGGCCACACGCGAUGCUGCUACCCGUCUUGCUAUGCGUCGCCACUUACCGGCCGCUGUGCGUGCGCACUUAAGUCAGUACAAGAGUGCUAAGACCUUGUACGACGCUGUAGUUGCACGGUACUCUUCCCCUGCCACUACUGCUCUUAGCCGCCUCAUGCUGCCGUACCUGUUCCCUGACCUUGCUGCCUUUCCCACAGUCGCUGACCUCAUUACGCACCUCCGCACUAGUGACACUCGCUACCGCGCUGCGCUUCCUGCUAAGUUCUGUGCCAAGAACCCUCCCCCCAUGUACAUCACCCUCUACUACAUAGUCACCCAGCUCCCUGACUCCCUUCGCUUAGUCAGGGACCACUUCCUCUCAGUUUGCCCCACCACACUCACCGUUGACCUACUCGAGGAGCGCCUCCUAGCUGCAGAGAAGAGCAUAGUCGCUGUAGAAGCCUCUCGUGGUGACCCUCGCACCCCCGUCUUUGAGGGGUGUUCCCCCUCCCCCCUAUUGCCCUCUGUUGCUUCUGCCGCUGCGGCCGACCUUGUUGGUUUCGAGUCAGUCGGGCUGCGUCUGCCCCUAGCGGGAGACGCUGCACCGGCAAGGGCAAGGGGGGCAAGGGCACUUGAGGGGCUGGCGGGGGCGGUGGAGUUAGUGGUGGAGGAAGUGGAGGGGGUGGGGGUGGUGGUGGGAGUGGUGGCGGGGGUAGAGGUGUCGAUGGCAGCAGUGGAGGCGGUAGAGGCGGCGGCGGUGGCAGAGGGAGCGGAGGCGGCGGAGCGCGGUGGGGGUACUGGUCCCUGCACCUACGUCCUCCUUACCGGCGACCACGCUGGUGAGCAGUGCGGGGGCCCGCACUCCACCCAACGCUGCUUCUGCCGCCUGAUGGACGCGUGGCGUCACCAGUUCCCUGAGGCCUCUGAGAUCCCUCGCUGGGGAGAGCUGUCUAGGGAGGGGGGUGCUAUCUUUGAUCUUGAUUAUGAUGCUAUUCUUGCUGCCAUGUAUGCUGAGAAUGAUAGUGUUGAGGGUGACUGUUACCUAUGUGUUCCGCCUGACCCGGGCAUUGAGGCUGCUGCUCUAGGUGCUGGUGAGGCUUCUGCUCUAGGUGCUAGUGCGUCUGCUGCCCCAGGUGCUGGUGAGUUUGCUCUCUCAGGUACUACGUUGGCUCAGGACUUACACACCUUCACUCUUGACUCGGGUGCUUCCCGCUCCUUCUUUCAAGACCGCACCACACUUACGCCACAUAGUCGGCCGGUUGCAGUCUCCCUGGCGGACCCCUCUGGGGGUCGUGUCCUUGCUAGCUUCUCCACUGUCUUACCGUGCCCGGUAGCCCCCUCUGGCACCUUGUCCGGUCUCUACCUCCCCUCUUUAUCUACGAACUUGGUGAGUUGA